UAUCUCUGAAAUCAGUCAAUUCUGCUGUCAGCGGAAUCCGUUGUAUUUACUUAGACCAUUAGAUGUGUAUGGUUAGUAAUAUGAUGGUGACAGAAAGUGAUGGAUAUUUAAAUUCAGUGUAUGUUUUAUGUCAUCAGUGCUUCAGUUUAAAAAAUCCAAUUUUCAGUUGAACGUUUGGAAUAUUUAAUUCCCCUUUUCACAUUUUGCGACGUGGAGACAGAAAAACAUAACUGGUUUUCAAAGAUGAUCGAUAAUGUCCAGUGCGAAACGAGGCGAGCCCCUGACCAGUCCCUGUAGCGGCCCCUUCUACAGCCGAUACACGGAGCACAAGGUGGUCUUCAAUUUCCACUCACAGGACGCCGGACUCUCCCCACAUCGCCAUAAAGCGACUGAAACUAGCGUUUCCAGAACGAGGCCAUCAGACGGUCACGCUCCGCUGUCUCGCUACAACUCCAUCGACUCCACACUACCGCCCCAGGACAAGCGCCGUCUGUCGGUGGGCGGUGAAAGCGUGUUCGAUUUCAACUUAACUUCCGGUCGCAAAGAAUCCACGGACGGGACGCUAUCCCCGUAUAGUCUCACCAACAGCCCCUCGGACUUCCGGGCAUUAUCGCCAAAGUUCAACGUGUAUAGCAGUCCGCUGUCGGCGUUCCGGAGCGGCUCCCUGGAGAGCACAAAGUCUCAGAGCUCUACGUCGUCGGACUCCGCAAAGGAGAGGCGCCAAACGUUCUCGGAACGGAACGCCCAAGUGAACAACGUCAAGACGAAAGGAAAGUUCAUUCAAGCCAUUCAUAAACAUUCUAUAUCAAUUCUGUCCGCUGCCGCGUUCAAACUCUCAUACGAGAAGUCCCGCACCAAACAGCUGACCGUUUCCUGUCCGGAACUUGUCCGAAACGGGACUCCUACCUUAGACCAAAAGACGACUAACUUCAACAGUUUUUCAGACCUGGGAACGUUCGAACGUACACAUUCGGAAAAGGUAGCUCCGUCGAAGAACAAGCUCACUGUUCCGGACAUUUUCACAACGUCAUUUACUCACUCUAAAGACAGUUCCGAGGUUAAGAGUUCAAGUCUUAAGCCGUCGUCUAGCCAACAGAAAACUACGAGUACUGGGAAGGAGAGACCGCAGGAGCGACGAGCAGUGUCGCCAUUAACCAAAACACCAACGGACGAUUUAAAAAUUAACCGACUCCUUUGUGCAGCCAUGUAUAAGGACGAACAGAUCGCUCAAGUCACGGAAUACAUGUUCAUAGGUAGCGUCGAGGCUGCGUAUAAUGAGCGGCGACUGUGCCGCCUGGAGAUCGAGUCCCUCAUUGACAUCAGCAAUCUGACAGAAAUGCAGAUACCGGCGCAGAAGAAGCUCCAUUGUCCGUGCCUGUGCCAGACUGAAUCCAAACACUUCAGGUCUAAACUGAUCAUAUCGGUCCCGGAUGAAGAAAACGACGGCAUAGAUCAAUACUUCGAAGAGGUCAAUAAGUUCAUAGAGGGCGCUAGACGAUGUUCAAAGAAGGUUCUCAUCUUCAGUCUCGAAGGGAAGUCCCGGGCGGCGCUUUUCGCGAUCCAGUACCUGAUUGAGUUCGAAGGACUCCUGCUUCGACAGGCGUACAGCAUGGUGAAAAAGCAGCGCCCGCAAGUGUCCUUAAACCCUUCGUUCCAGAAAACCCUGGAGAAACUGGAAAAGUCGCUGUACCCCGACGAGAGACACUCUGUGAAUAUCUGUAACGAGUAUCUAAACGUUGCGGACCCGCAGGCCAUUAAAUGCGCCUGGAUAGACUGCUGAAGAUAUGGUUUCGGCUUUAAGGAGGCAACCCUCUUGUUCAACCUUAGCUACUGGUGUAGAACAGUGGAAAUAUACAUCUAAAACAUGUAGUGGUGGGCGUUGAAAAGGAAUUUCGAGGAAAAUGCUUUUGAUUUGAUUUCGUGUUAGGGUGUUGAAUUUUUGAAUUACUAUUUACUGAUUUAAAUUUUUAAUGAAAUGCGUUUUGGUUUCUAUGUUUGGUUUAUUUACUACUUUAUUUCUUGACAAGGCUUGCUGCGCGCGGAAUCGCUUCUUAAACGUUUUUUUAUUUGAACGUUCAUAGGCUUGUCUUGGGGUGGUUAUUUUCUUCAACACAGCGUCCCUAUAUAAUUGGGAUGUAGCUUUUUGUGACAUUACGAGGAUGCGGUUUACUGUGCUCUUCAUUUGCUUUUCAAGCCCCAUCGAUACCUCAUUUUCAAGGCGUAUGUAGAUAUUUGUUCUAAUGACCGCAUAACAAAGCUGUUACAUAAUUACAUUUUGUCUCUUUUGCAUUUCGUGUGGCAUUCGGGUUGUAUAAUUUAGUCGUAUCGCGACACUAAGAAUUGAAUUUAUAAAAGUAUUAUUAUAUGUUCUUGUAAAAGAAGCAUCGACAAAUCAUAGUAUCGCAUCAAACGCUGUAUUGUGCUUCGCUGUGUCGCGUUUUGCAGAAUCACAUCUUUAUCCGUAUCGCGGCUUGUAGAUAUUCAUUUAUACUGUCUGGCGAGUGUAGCAGUGUUGCGUGCGUCCAUUUCAUCUCGUCUUGAAAAGUGACGCCUUGCGUGGCAUCGCGUCUUUCAAACAUAUAAAUAAAAUAUCAAUUGGUCGCCGUGGCGAAUUGCAUAUAGUGAUGGUGUCCGUGUAGCGACAGGGAGACCAAGGGUUCGAUACCCAUUGUGGGAGCAUUCUUUCAAUCUCCUCAAAAGACACCAAGUACUGGUUCUACCCAAGGAAGCGGACUCGAUAUUUUUUUCUAUCAGCCUUCGUCUUUCCAUGCAAUAGAGCUAAAAUAAUACCUUAAGAUUAAAAAAUAAUUAAAAUAAUAUUUAAAAUAUAUUUGUUUAAGGAAUAUAAUCUUUUAAGAAAUCAUGUUUGUAGCCGCAUUGCUGAAUGUCAAAUUAUCGUGUCUAAAGCAGCAUGGCGUUCUGUGGUGUCUUGUCAGUUUCAGAAAGCGUAUCGUGGGAUCACGUUUCAAUUAUAGUUGAAAAGCCAUACAAUUACUUAUUUGGUUUCAUUGCAUGAUCAUUUUUUUCGAUACAUUAAACAUCACUAUUGUGUGUACUUGUUUAAAAUGUCCCUAACCUAUUUGCAUAAAACAAUCUAUUUCAUUAACAUUUUCUUGUCAAUGAAGCUGACGUUGUACAUUAUGUACAUUAUUAUUAUUAUUAUUAUUAUUAUUAUUAUUAUUAUUGUAAUUAUAUUACUAUCAUUUUAUAUUAUUAAUAUUAUUUAUAUUAGUAUCAUUAUUUUCAUUAUAUGAUGCUUUUGUAUUUAUGUUAAGGCGGAUUGCAGUAUGCUAGACAUUGUUGAGUUAUAUCUACAUAUACUGUGUUUUUGAAGACCACAUUGUAAAAAAGAUAUGCUAUUUCUUAAUGUGUUAUCUUCGUGAAAUAAAGUUAUUAUUAUUAUUAUUAUUAUUAUUAUUAUUAUUAUUAUGUACAUAUGAUAUUUGAAAAAAAUAUCACACUCUAAAAUUAUGUUGCUUUGAUGCGACUACGGGUUAAAAAUGUAAUAAGUUACCGGUAUUUUAAAUUUUAUCGAUCGAGUUGCCAAAAUGUGGCCUAAUUUGUAACA